AAUUCAAGCUUCUUAAAGUGCAUUUCAUCCUGUUAAAAACCGCAAAUCCAUCUCAGUUUCCCCCAACAAUAGUGAACCCAGUUCAUCUAUACAAAUGAGCGGCAGGAUCAAUUCCCUCGGUGCAGCAGCAGCAGCUGCUGCAUCAUUUCUGCUCUUCUCUGCUCAUAUCUGCUGCCCAACCACUUCAUCGCUUGGAGCCCUGUUUGAUCUUACAGCACCUUCCCUUCCAUUCUUUUCGUUUUCAGUUGGUUCUGUCUCUGACGAUUAUCGCUGUCGCGGUGAAUAUAACCCGUUUUGCGAUGAUUUCCCACCGGACUUCCCACCACCUGACACACCGGCGGUGUCGAUCUUCUGCGUAGACCCCAACGGCUGCUGCGACUUCACUACAGUGCAGGCGGCAGUCAAUGCCGUUCCAAACUUCAGCAGAAAGAGGAAUGUGGUGUGGAUCAACAAAGGCAUCUACUUUGAGAAGGUGACAGUGCCAUCAACCAAGCCCAACAUUACAUUUCAAGGGCAGGGAUUUGACCUGACGGCGAUUGCGUGGAACGACACCGCAGAGUCGGCGCACGGCACAUUCAAUAGCGCUUCAGUCUCCGUUUUCGCAGCAGGCUUUGUUGCGAAGAACAUAAGUUUCAUGAAUGUAGCACCCAUCCCAAGGCCUGGAGCUGUUGGCGCACAGGCAGUGGCAAUCAGGAUCAACGGUGACCAAGCAGCAUUCUGGGGUUGUGGCUUCUUUGGCGCGCAAGAUACACUCCAUGACGACCGAGGCCGCCAUUACUUCAAGGAAUGUUUCAUCCAGGGCUCCAUUGACUUCAUCUUUGGAGAUGCUAGGUCACUGUAUGAAAAUUGCAGAUUGAUUUCCAUUGCAGAUCCAGUGUCUGCGGGGCAAAGAUCCAUCACCGGUUCAGUCACUGCACAUGCCCGGGAAUCUGACGACAAUAACACUGGCUACUCAUUUGUCAAAUGUAGCAUCGGUGGUACCGGCUGGAUAUGGCUUGGCCGAGCAUGGAAACCAUUCUCUCGUGUCGUCUUCGCCUACACUUCAAUGUCAGACUGCGUCGCCUCUGAAGGAUGGAAUGAUUGGAAUGAUCCUUCAAGAGAUCAGACUGUAUUUUAUGGAGAGUACAAGUGUACAGGUGACGGUGCAAACCUGGCAGAUAGAGUUCCAUAUGCUCAAAAGCUCAGUGAUGUGCAAGUGUUGCCUUACCUGAACACAUCUUUCAUUGAUGGAGAUCGAUGGCUGAAACCAUACCGUGACUCACUAAUAUCUGCUUGAAG